CGAACUUCACUGGUCUCAACCAUUGCGGGCAUCUUGUCAACAGUCACUACAUCCUCCUCGGGCACUAACCCCAGCAGCAGUGCCAGCACUACAGCCAUGCCAGUGACCCAGUCUGUCAAGAAACCCAGUAAGCCCGUCAAGAAGAACCACGCUUGCGAGAUGUGUGGGAAGGCCUUCCGAGAUGUGUACCACCUCAAUCGGCACAAGCUCUCCCACUCGGACGAAAAGCCUUUUGAGUGCCCUGUUUGUAAUCAGCGCUUCAAGAGGAAGGACCGCAUGACGUACCAUGUGAGGUCUCACGAGGGAGGCAUCACCAAGCCCUAUACUUGCAGUGUUUGUGGGAAAGGCUUCUCGAGGCCUGACCACUUAAGCUGUCACGUAAAACAUGUCCAUUCAACAGAAAGACCCUUCAAAUGCCAAACAUGCACUGCUGCCUUUGCCACCAAAGACAGACUGCGGACCCACAUGGUGCGCCACGAAGGCAAGGUAUCGUGUAAUAUCUGUGGGAAACUUCUGAGUGCAGCAUACAUCACCAGCCACUUAAAGACACAUGGGCAGAGCCAAAGUAUCAACUGUAAUACAUGUAAACAAGGCAUCAAUAAAACAGCGUGCAUGAGCGAGGAGACCAGCAGCCAGAAGCAGCAGCCACAGCAGCACGUGGCCAGUUGGCCAGGGAAGCAGGUGGAGACUCUAAGGCUGUGGGAAGAAGCUGUCAAAGCCAGGAAGAAAGAAGCUGCUAACCUGUGCCAAACCUCCACGGCUGCUACGACCCCUGUGACUCUCUCCACUCCAUUCAAUAUAACGUCCUCCGUGUCGUCUGGGACGAUGUCAAACCCAGUCACAGUAGCAGCUGCAAUGAGCAUGAGAAGUCCAGUAAACGUUUCAAGUGCAGUUAAUAUAACCAGUCCAGUGAACAUAGGACACCCUGUAACUAUCACCAGUCCAUUAUCGAUGACCUCGCCGUUAACACUCACUACCCCAGUCAACCUCCCCACCCCAGUCACUGCCCCGGUGAAUAUCGCACACCCUGUCACAAUCACGUCUCCCAUGAACUUGCCCACGCCUAUGACGUUAGCUGCCCCUCUCAAUAUAGCAAUGAGGCCAGUAGAGAGCAUGCCUUUCUUGCCCCAAGCUUUGCCCACAUCGCCGCCUUGGUAAACAGUAUUAUAAAAUCAAAAUAUGAGUUUAAAGUAAAUAUUUACCAGCAACUUAUUUUUAGUUGAGUAAAGCAAAAGGUAAACCAUGAAAUGGAGAGGUUUUACCAUUAGUUAAUAAGAGAAUAGUAGCGUUUUUCUCCAAUUUGGCUGGAAUUGUUCAAAGUAAAGUGUGUAUGUAACUUAUCAUCGGACCACUUUAGUUUAAUCAAAAAUCCCUUGUAGCUCACAGCAUUGCUUAAAUGAGAUAGUAGCUGGCAGGAUGAAAUGUCAACAUUAAAACCAAUCAUGACAAAGUAAAACCCCUUUCAGAGUAAAACAAAAUAGCACCACUGUUUCUAAUCCCAAGAAACCAUUUUAUUCUAAACAGUAGCAGGACUCUUCUCCUCUAUGGAAGAUAUUGGUGACCAGAUGACUGGUUUUAACCUGAAGUUCUAAAUUCACACAUUAAAAGCUAGUGUAGAAUAGCUUGUGUUUAUUGUUUUUAUGAGUAAAUACAUGCAUUGUCAUAAUAAAAUGCAUUUCAGAGAAUAUGCAUUUUACCUUUGGGAAUAUGUUAAUUUCAGGCAGCAUUCCCUAUGGGAAAGGUGAUACCAGCUCUGAUAUGCAAAGCAUAUGAUAAUUUAUCAUUCUAACUUCAACAUAUAAUAGGGAUUGUGACCUGAUAUUUGGAGAUGUAAAUAUUGCUCAGCAUAUUAAUCCUGAUGGAAUAUAGCAUUGUAGUUGACUUUUUUUUUAAUAAUAAUUUUAAAAAUCAAAAAAAAAGAAGAAGAAGAAGAAGAACCGAACCAAAAUCUACAAAUUGUGUUUUGGUCAGAAAAGGCCGCCCAUGCAGAAAAGUCAGGUGCGGACAGGCAGGCCAGCGGGGCUCCUGCGCAGGCGCCAAGGCCUGCUUUGGGGCAGUCCGCGUGCUUGCUUUAAGUUGGAGGACGCUGGAGGCACUGGGAUGCGAUACGCCCCCCCCACCCUCUCCCAAUCAGAGCCUGUUGGUGUUACGACAGGGACAGGUGUGUUAGUUGCUCACUAGAGCUUAUGUCUUAUAUUAAAUUGUAUACAGUUUUUAUUCUAACCACUAACUAGGUAGUACACCCCUUCAGAACAUGCAGAGUGCGUCUCUCUUUUUUAAAUUUCCUUCCGUUUCUUAAUCAAGUAUUGUGCAGAUUUGUUCAACUCUGUAAAUACGGACAUCAUGUGUUUUUGGUUUGUUUUGGUUUUUUCCCUUUGAGAAAACACUCGUAUCAGCUUCAUGAUGUUUCAGGGAGAUGGCUGCCUGCGCUCCCCGUGGAAGCCCAGCAACGCAUGCACCUUGAGGCAUGCGCUGCUGGUUUCUCAGCAGGUGUUUCUCUCUGUACAGGAAGUAGAAAUCCAAAGCUAGGGAAACAUACGCUCACACCAUCAUGCCACACACCCAUGUUUUUAAGACAUGUGUUUAGACAAAAAAAAAGUAAAACCAAGAUGCUGUGAUUUGUUUUUUUUUUAAGUUGCAAUAUGUUUGGGGUUUCACUUUGUUUUACCUUUUCAUUAAUCUUGCAGUUAAGAGAAAUGGAAAUUAGUUGUUCAUCUUGCAGAAUGUUGCAGGACUGACUAUCAAACUGGAUGACUUCCGUUUAUCCCCCACUGUGUCAGUUCAAGCAUCAAACACCUUGCAUCUGAGGCAGACUUCCUACAUCAGGGACAGGUAUCUGUGUGUCAUUAUACAAAACAGUUCUAGGGGGCUGAACUACAUAGUAAAAAAAAAAUAGUACUUAGUGUAAAAUAAUUUUAUAAAUGAUCUUUUGUACUUUAGGACAUUAAAUUGUACAACUUUUGUAUAUAUAAAAAGCUUAGGAACUUUCUGUUUAGCAGGAAGGCAACACAUUCCUACACUUUUAAUGUAUAUGUUUGUUAUAAUGUCCAUGUAAACAUGCCCUAUGUUUGUGCCUUUUAGUUUGUCUCAAUAAACAAAAUGUAGAGAAAAAUAUGUAGCUAUGACUUUGUUACAGCUGUUCUUAUCCACAGUACAAAGAUCGUUUGUUUUAAUAUGUAGAGCAUUAUGUGUGGACUACUGGAAGGACUUGUAUAGGGAAGGCCCAGACAUGGCCCUGCUGAGGCCUGGAUGUGGAUGGGCAGUGGCCACAUUUGGAGGAAGCCCACAUUUCCUGGCACGUAGCUCCGGGACCUGGUUCUGGCUCUGCCUGCCGGGACCUUUCAUCUCCCCCUGGCUGGGCUGGCAAUCUCAACCAUCCACCAUUCUGACUUCCCAGGCUUCCUCCCCAGGGGCCCCAGGAGCAGUCCUCAGUGGGGGCAGGUGUGGGGACUACCCCCAGACUAGAGUGUGGUCUUCAGAACCCUGAAAGUAUUAGUUCUUUUAAAAUAAAGAAGAAGAAGAUAUUUACUAGAAAUGAUUGUUUUAUCAAUUCAUUGUAUAAUAAACAGGAGUGAGACUUCAUUGUAUGACUUCAGUUAAAAUGCUAUUUUAUAUGCGUUCUUUAUCCACUUAAGAAGCUUGUCUGCAAUAACAAAGCCACGCCGUGUCUUCUUCUGGGAGGGGAGAGUUGACGACAGUAUGAGGGUGAGGGCAGGCCACCGAAAGGGAGGUGCAGGUAGGUGGUAUGGUGAGAUUCUCCUGUGGGUUAAGCACCGGACUUGAGUCUUGAUGCCGAUGAACUGAUUCAGCCAGGUGUGGAAAGCGCGUCGGACCCUGGUCUACGACAAGGCAGAGCAUGCUUUCCCUUCUGAUUAUCGCCUGGUUGGGCUUCCCCUUUAUCCGAUUGGCAGCUAAACAGUUGUAUUAGAUAAUCCUCAAAUCUGACAUCCAGCCUGUUCUGCUCUAGGGCUCGCUGCUCAGCCUGCGUUUGCCUUUUAUUGUGUACCCAUUUCCCUCCUACGGUGUGCUCCUAAAUGAAGGUUUCUAUGUAAGCAGAUGAUGAUGAUUUUACCUGUCAAUACCAGCACUGUAUUACUAACAUGCAAAAUACUGCAGAUUUAUUUUGACAAAUUAAAGUUAACCGGUCACAACUGUUA